CUCAUUUCUCGUAGUCAGUAUAAAUAAAAAAGGAAAAAUGAAACGCAGCGAUUUUUUCAGCUGGAAAAUCUAUAUAUAUAUUCUAUUAAAUCUGACUAAACUUUCGGGACUGCAGGUGAAAUGUGAUUUCCACGACAACACCAGAGAUUAGUGACUGCACAAGGAAUAAGAUCUGAACACGCUUUUUAAGUUACCAUUUCGAUAUCUUUCAUAGAGAUUAAUCUUCCGCAGACGUGUUACUGUACGUUGUAUAGUUUUCUGCUCCGAAACUUGUGCCACUUUUCAUUAAAAAAUGCCUCGAAUCCCGUGGGAAAUCCGUAGAAAUUUUUAUAAAAAUAGUAAAUGUCGAGUGAGAUUUGCUCCUAGUCCUACAGGUUUUCUACACCUAGGAGGGUUAAGAACAGCCCUCUAUAAUUAUUUAUUUGCACGUUCUCAAGAUGGUUCCUUUAUUUUAAGAAUAGAAGAUACUGAUCAAACAAGGGUUGUUCCAGGAGCAAUGGAACAACUACGAGAUGACUUAAUUUGGGCAGGUAUUAUACCAGAUGAAGAUCCAAUCAGAGAUGGUCCCGUUGGUCCAUACAUUCAAUCAAAACGUAUUGAUCUUUACCAAACACAAGUCAAAACUUUGUUAGAUAAUGGUUCAGCAUAUAAAUGUUUUUGUACUGAGAGUAGAUUAAAACUAUUAAAGAAUACAGCAUUGAAAGAAAGGCAAAUUCCAAAGUAUGAUAAUAGGUGUAGAAAUUUUACCAGUGAAGAAAUCAAAGAAAGACUUAUGAGAGGAGACAAGUACUGCAUUAGAUUUAAGCUUAUACCAACACCUGAACCUUUUCAUGAUUUAAUAUAUGGAGAUAUUACCUAUAACGUUGCUCAAAAUGAAGGUGAUCCUAUUAUUAUGAAGAGUGAUGGCUUUCCUACUUACCACUUUGCAAAUGUUGUUGAUGAUCACUUUAUGGCUAUUACACAUGUAAUGAGAGGUGUUGAAUGGCAGAUUUCUACUCCAAAACACUUACUUCUAUAUAAAGCCUUUGGUUGGACACCUCCUCUAUAUGCACAUUUACCUUUGAUAAUGAAUAGUGACAAUACAAAAUUAUCAAAAAGACAAGAUGAUAUUAGAGUUGAACACUAUAAGAGGGAAGGUAUUUUUCCAUUGGCACUAAUCAAUUAUAUAACUGCAGCUGGUGGUGGUUUUAAUCGGCAUAUGGGCCUAUCUCAUUGUUACUCUUAUGAAGAACUUAUAAAACAGUUUGAUAUUAGUAAAGUAAAUGUCAAUUCUAGUAAAUUAAAUCCUGACAAGUUAAUGGAAUUUAAUCAACUUGAAAUAGCUAAUCUUUUGAAUAACAAAAAAAAUCACGAAUUCUUAGUCGAAAGGGUUAUUGAACUUCUAAAGCAAACUUUCCCUGAUAGGGUAUCAGAUGGAAGUUUGGAAAUAGAUCCAGUACAUAUUAUAACGACGUUGACGUGGGCACACAAUAGAAUUACAAAACUUAAUGAUUUAGUGACACCAGAUUUAAAAUUCUUGUGGAUAAAACCGACAACUAACGGAGAAUCUAAAAAUCUAAAAUAUUUAGAAAUGAUUGGUAUAUUAAGUAAAAAGCUUGAAAGUAUUGAUGAAACUAAUUUUUGCAAAGAAUCGUUGAAAAUUUAUUUGAAAGAAUUUGCUAUAAAUAAUAACGUUGCUUUUCCCGAUUUAAUGAAAACUUUACGAAGUCUUCUAAGUGGUUUGAAGGAAGGUCCAAGUGUUGUUGAGAUGAUGGAAAUUCUAGGACGCGACGCAACUCUGAAUCGCUUAAAAAGAAAAGCCUAAUUUUAUUACUUAUUAGUUCGUAGUCUAUCACAUUUCAUGUGUGUACAUAAAUAG